UAUAGUUAAUUAUUGGCUUGAGCUCUCUCCUUUCUGUCCGCACAUCGCCAUGUUGGGGGGGGGGGAACCUGUGCAGAUGGCGCAACGCUACACCUGGACAACGGCCCUGGUUCCAAACCCCAGCGGGCAAACCAUCCCACGGCUCAUCCUCCGUCAGGGCCCAGGGCCAGCCUCCCACAGUGGCUCCCCACCUGGCCCCACACCUGGUACCUUCACUUGCUCCUCUCGCUCUUCCUCUAGCUCCUCCUCUCGUUCUUCCUCUAGCUCCUCCUCUCGCUCUUCUUCUAGCUCCUCCUCUCGCUCUUCUUCUAGCUCCUCCUCUCGCUCUUCUUCUAGCUCCUCCUCUCGCUCUUCUUCUAGCUCCUCCUCUCGUUCUUCUUCUAGCUCCUCCUCUCGCUCUUCCUCUAGCUCCUCCUCUCACUCUUCCUCUCGCUCCUCCUCUAGCUUUUCCCCUAGCAUCUGCCCUAGGUCCCCCCAGAGCUCUCCGCUUAAGGACUGGGCUCUUGUGGCAUCACAACAUCCAACGAAGAUCGUCCUGAGGAAGCAGGUGAGGAGGAGCUCCUUCAACCAACCCCUGACAGCCAGUGAGCCGUUGGCGUGCCCCCCUGAAACCCCGGAGCCGUCCAGUGAGCCGAGGUGGGUAAAGAACCUGAGGCUUUUGAUGGAGAGCAGGGGCCGCAAGAGAGCCGCUGAACCUGAAGGUAAGCCUCCAGGUAAGCGCUUCUGCCCCUCAACUUGA